AUGGCUCGAAGAGCACCUGAGCCACCUUCCCCUCCGAAGCGUGUCACCCGAGCGAGAACGCGAACCGUGGCUGAGAAGGAAGAAGCUAAUAAAGAAACAAACAACGCGAUGGCUGCUUCGACGUCGAUCACCACAGCGCCGAAGAGAGGAAGACCACGAAAGAAUACAGCGGCCGUCGAGGUUCAGUCAAAGCCAACCACCAAACCCGCUGCGACUGACACGCAAGGGGGUGCCGCGAAACGACGAGGACCCAAAGCCAAACAUGUCCAAUUACCGGUCGACAACGACUCGAGCGACGAUGAAGUUGAUGUUGUUACUGUUAGAACGGCAGCUAAGCCUCUGUCAACCAAGACCUCAACUUCGUCCUGCACAAGGACCACACGAACGAGGAAAGAAACUCCCCGCUUGCCCGAGAACAGUGGGCAUAGUGAAGACGACGAUGAUGAGCUUGCGCAGCCCCGCCAGCACAAAGGAAAAGUCGUCCGAUCGAGAAAAACAGCGACUUUGGCUUCUAACAAAGGCGGGGCAUCAUCUACCGAAUCCGCAAAUCAGGCUAUUGCUCGCCGAGGAAGAAAGGCAGCAAACGCAGGUGGUUCAUCUCGGAUGAAGCAAUCCGUAGCCGCUCCAGCACGGACAGUUUCUACGCGGAGCAAGCCAACCACCAACGCUCCCAAGAAAAAGGUCGCCUUCUUGGAUAUGACAGAAGAUUUUGAUAAGGAGAACCAGCCUCUACCGCCCGAAAUGACUGAGAAACAGAAGGGUAAGGCCGCACUUGGCCUAAAGGCGAAACCGGUUCGUCGGCCGGUUACCCCUGUUUCCCGGGACGAGGAGCAGGCCUCCAACGUCAAAGCCCAGGUUAAAAAAGAACCUCUAUCGCCUAAAAAGCCAAAUCAACUCGCCAGAACCAGUCCUUCAGGCAGUUCGGACGGUGCCUUCAGCGCCGCUAGCUGGACAGAAUCGGCACCUUUUUUGAAGACGCCUCGGAAAUCACCGGUCAAGCUUCCAACUUUGCGUCCAUCUUUGGCAUCUCCGGCGAAGAAAAUAGAUUUUAAUGCCUCCCGAAGAUUAACCGAACCGAUACCUAGAGGAAAAAAUCCAGCGGUUGAUCAGGAAGAUACGAUGGCAUGCGGAAGAGAGUUGAUGUCCUUGAAAGACUCGAUUAUGAUAUCCACUCCUGCGCGCAGACCCCCACCAUCUCCUUACAAAGACUCUAUCAAAGAAUCGCCGAGAAAGGCCCCCAUCAUGCUUGAACCAAUUGAUAGUACUCAUCACCAAAUGUCAGCCGCUCUUAAAAUAUCUCCUCUGAAAGUAUCCGCGAUAAAGCCAAAGGGUAUGCCGAUUCCUUUGCAAUGGUCCGUUGCACCUUCGGAGUCGCUGAUAAAAGAAAAGAAGUCUUUAUUCCAAUCUCCGGCGAAACGACUGAUAUCACCAUCCAAGAGGUUUCCACCCAUGCUCGAUGGAGAACACAGUGAGUCGAGUGUGAACAACAUUGGGCAAGAUUCUUGCUCUGAAUUUCGGGCUCUAGACACUCAAUUUGGACAGAAGAGACAGGCCGAAAGUGGCGAAUCAAACAGCCCUGCCCGAGAGGACAUGAAUGACGACGUAAUGGUUGAUGAAAAUGAGCCAAUGUUCAACGAUGACGACCAACUUCAAGUGUCUGAUAUGGCAGAAGUUUCUCGAAAGCUGGACGUUCAACUAUCAGCUCAUAUGGAGGAUCCGUUUAUAAGUCUAGGAGACAAAUCUAACAUUUCUACUCCAGCGCGUGGAUAUGAGGUUACGAGCGGAAAUUCCAGCAUCAGUUCUAUUAGACAUUUUUCUGGUGUUCCGCCUCCGGCACCGUCACCUCCGGUGUUCACAUCUUAUUCCCCUCGGCUGGAUUAUCGUGGUGACCUACCUGAUGAAGAAUCAGACGAUGAAUCCAUGAUUACUGUGACCCCCAGCAGAAGUCCAGCUAGGAGGCAGUCGAUUCGUCUGGUGAAUGGAGCGGACAGUUCUGAGAACAUUGGAUUUACGCCGUUGGCAAACAAACUUAGCCAAUGGAAGCCAGAUAAUCAGGAAAGGAAGUAUCCAAAUCGCAGGGGAAUGUUUUCAAUCGGCGAUGAGGAGCAGCUUGGUGCAAAGAGUGCUCGCCAUUCGUUGGCCAUGAGGCACCUGAUAUCCCAAGGCCCUAGAAUCACAUCUGUGGUUACCCAAGCUGAAGAAACUCUUUUUGAGGGCGAGACAGCUUUACAUGAACCUGAUACCACUAUCGAUGGCGAUAUGCUGAACGGUGAUGAUGGCAACUUCACGAUCCUGGAAGACUGCGAUGAGGAUACUCUGACAGCCUUUCCUCUGGAGCAUAAAGUAGACAUAGUAGAGGAUGGAAGUGAAGAUUUGCGAAGUUGUGUGGAUGAAAAUAUGGCUCCUCAGGAACCAACUAUCACAAUCAAUGCUGCGUUUUUUGAAGAGACAGCACAGCAUGAGCCCCAACCGCACAGCCCUCACCGGAUGCUUCCUAUGUCAGUGACACCUGUGAGAUCGGGUCCACGGUAUACACGCACUGUUCAUACAGUGUCUAAAGUACCUUUAAAGAGUGAAGACGGAUCUCUAAAAGUUCCCAGAAAAAGAACUCGAUCCUUUUCGUCUGGGGCCAACUCGUCGCCACCAUCUACCCCAAUCGUCACCAGGAGCAAAACUCUACCUUCACCGCGCAAGGCUAGAAGCCCAUUGAAACCAUUCAUUCCCGUUGAAGACGAACCUGAUACCCCUCCUACGCUUGCACUGCCCGAAAGACCGAAAUGUGCACCACCCUCGACAGCUUCUAGCCCAUCUAAAUCGCCACGCAAGCAGCCUCCAGGGCAUGAUGGCGUCUUACAGGGGGCUGUGGUCUACACAGAUGUUCAUACAAAGGAAGGAGCUGAUGCAAGUGGCAUAUUUGUUGAGCUUCUUACUCAAAUGGGUGCCCGAUGUGUAAAGUCUUGGAACUGGAACCCAAGGACAAGUCUCUCCCCUGUGGAUGGGGUCGAGCCAAAGGAGAGCAAAGUAGGGAUCACCCAUGUCGUUUUCAAAGACGGCGGAGUACGAACGCUAGAGAAAGUUAGAGAAGCUAACGGUGUCGUGAAAUGUGUUGGGGUCAAUUGGGUUCUUGACUGCGAAAGGUCAAACAAAUGGCUUGACGAGGCGGAAUAUGCUGUUGAUAUAAGCAUGCUUCCGCGUGGUGGACAGAAACGGAGAAAGAGCAUGGAGCCGAGAGCCCUUGGCAAUGUCAAUGGGACCGUAGUGACACUAGAUUGCUCUUCUUCGUCUUCGGGUAGUGGCCGCUCCAGCGUCGACCCGGAAACAAUGGAAGAGUUCAUGAGACUCUCCCCAACGCCCACACCCCGGUCUUCACGAGAUAGCUCGGUAGAUUCAGAUUAUAACGACUCAGAAGACGUGUUGGCAACUCCCAAACCCAAGCGCCGGCCACGUUCAUCAAUGGCGCCACCUGAAACACCAGGGUAUUCCUAUGAUUACGAUCCGGCUACGUCGAUGUCACCAACCACGCCAUACCAUCUAUCUCAAGGGGCAAAACUGAUGCAGCAGACUUGUCCGCCAAAGCAGUUACGUCAGGGGCUGUUUCCCGUGGAUGGAAAUAAUGAGGAGCAAACCGAAUCGUUGAGAAUUCGACUCGACGCUGCAAGAAGGAAGAGCUUGAUCUGGAAACCCAAAAUUGGAAGUCCUCUAGGGCGGCAAUUGUGAGCGGUCGCAGCUAGAUUUUCCUUUUUUUUUUCCUUUUUUUUUCCUUUUUUUCCUUUUUCGUGGAAGAAUACCCCGUUUAAUGUUUUGAGUUAUUGGAGUAUAACUUGGUGCUUAUGGCUCUAGGUUGGAUUUUUGGGAAUAUUGAUAUCUGGUAUGCUGGGGGGCUAAUUUCGAGGUUGUAUCCACCACCACAGGGCGGCCAAGUAUUCUAAUAGAGAU